AUGGAACAAGAAUUGAACGCCAUCACAAAGUUCUUGGAGAGCGCAGCAGCCGCGGCUGCCAAAGAGACCACGACACCGCCGCCAGUGGUUGAGGCGAAGACACCGAACAAGUCUUCGAAAAGGGUAUUUACAGAGGAAGAAUUGUACGCUCUGAAACUCUCGCCACUAAUACAGGAGGUGGUAAAGGAGAUAUCUCUACCGGAUGCCAAGUUCUGGCGGUUGACAGUUCCCCAGGUGCAGAAAAGGGGUAAGCGUGAGGUAUACAGCGAUGAGCGAGUGCAAAAUUAUAAGAACAUCGGGGCAGCUGAUGAAUCCGAAAUCUCAAACUCAGAAUUUUGGAGAUUGAAGAAUGAUAAGUCGUUUGGAUCUACAGGUGAAAUGGGCAGUUUCCAUAUUAAGAAUCCACAGCUGGACCGUCGCAGAGGUCGUAAAGAACGUGAAAGAGACAGAAAGAAGAAGGACCCAUACAAGAAGAAGCAAGACUCACUUGAAUGGAUGGGAGAAGACGAUGAUGAUGAUUCACAACCCAAAUCAGCACAAGAUUUCGAGAACUGGAAGUUCAGAGUCAAGGUCGAGGAAAAGAAACAGAACGGUGAGGCCAUAUCGGAGCAAGAACAGGCCCACUACAAUGAUAUAAUCAGUGGCAAAAAACAGCCCCAGGCUGAAGCAUCUGCUGGAGGUGUCUUCAACCCCGUUGAUAAUAUGUUUGCAUUUGAUGCAUACAAGCCCAAAUCUGUGGAAGGAUCCAAUUCUCAAGAGAAGAGCUCGAGAUUCAGCUCUUUCUUCAAGCCCGAGCCUGAAUCAACUCCAAAGACUGCGCCCGCAAGUGUUAGUCCACCAGGUUUGAAACAACCACCAGGGCUGAACUCCUCCGGCAGCGCUUCAUCGGCGGCUCAAGCAGCUCCAGUCCAGGCCAAUGCCCCCAUUCGUCCUCCAGGAUUGGCACCCCCACAAUCUCACAGCCAAAACGGUGCAGACCAGCUAAUGUCCAUGCUCUCACAGCCUCCACAGAGCGCGAAGGAUGACUUUUUUAUGUCGUUGUUAUCAAAGUCCAAGGAGCAGCAACCGGAACACUCAUCCAACUUCUUCCCUGGUGAAAAACAGUCGCACCAGUCGCUUCCACCACCGGGACUGAUGCUGAACAUGAACUCUGCCAAUGCCAAUCCAAACCUGAAUGUGCACCCCAACCAACAUGUUGCGCCUGUUUCUAACGGGAACACAAACCAGCAGAUCCCAAUGGGACUGCCACCUUGGAUGAUGAACCCAAGAAUGAUGCCUCCUCCCCAAGGAAUGCCUGGUCUGCCAUACUCGAUGGGAUUUCAGCCUCCAGGAAUGUACAAUCCCCAACAGGGCUUACCCCAACAGGGCCUACCACAACAGGGCCUACCUCAACAAGGCAUACCUCAGCAAGGUCUUCCUCAGCAGGGUUUCCCGCAGUACCCUCCUCCUCACCAGAUGCAAGGCCAAGUUCCUCAUAUGCAACAGGCCCAACCGGGCCAGCCCCAGCAACAGCUUCCACAGGGGUCUGUUCAACAGAUGCAAUCGCAGGUGCCUCAACACAUCCUGAUGCAGAUGCAACGUCGUCAAUGA